CUUGGACACCAUCUGGGAGGAAAAUGCUCCCUGUCCGUUGCAGUCCUGGCCACUUCUUUCUGCUUCUGCUCCUAUUGCCCUCAAUGCCCCUGGCCCUCGAACCAGCACCCUCGGGCCCCACCGCCGCCCUGCUCCAGGCUCUCAGGCUGCACGAAGCACCCCGGGCCGUCCCCACGCUCCGGCCUGUGCCUCCUGUCAUGUGGCGUCUGUUUCGCCGCCGCGACCCCCAGGCAGCCAGAGCGGGGUACCCUCUGCGACCAUGCCACGUGGAGGAACUGGGGGUCGCCGGAAACAUCGUGCGCCACAUCCCGGACAGCGGUCUGUUCUCCAGGUCCCCAGAGCCCACCAGGACCAGGGGGCUGCGCCCCAAGUGGACCGUCACUUUCGACCUGUCCGGCGUGGACCCUGUGGAGCGCCCGACACGUGCGCGUCUGGAGUUACGGCUGGAGGCUGAGAAUAGGGACAGGCACGGGUGGGAGCUAAGCGUGGCACUGUGGGCCGAGAGUCCUGGAACUGAGCUGCUACGCGUCCCUGUACCACCCGGGCUGCCACUACGCGCCGAUCUACUGGGGGCCGUGGUAGCUGCCAACAUGUCGGUGCCGCGUACACUGCGCCUGGCGCUAUCGCUGCACUGUGGAGCCACCACUGCCCGUGCGCACCUGGCAGAGGCCUCGCUGCUGCUGGUGACACUAGACCCGCGGCUAUGUCCCCCGCCGCGGUCAAGGCGCCACACAGAACCUGGGGUGGGAGGUAGUCCCUGGGGUGCGUGUCGCAUGCGACGGUUGCACGUGAGCUUUCGAGAGGUGGGGUGGCACCACUGGGUGAUCGCACCCCGCGGCUUCCUGGCCAACUUCUGCCAGGGUACAUGCACGCUUCCCGAAGUGCUGCCCAGAUCUGGCGGGCCACCUGCACUCAACCACGCUGUGCUGCGCACACUCAUGCACGCGGCUACCCCCACUCCUGGCGCAGGCCUGCCCUGCUGCGUGCCCGCGCGCCUGUCGCCCAUCUCCGUGCUCUUCUUCGACAAUAGCGAUAAUGUGGUGCUGCGACACUAUGAGGACAUGGUGGUGGAUGAGUGUGGCUGCCGCUGACCAGCCGAGACAUGCUUGCAGGGACAGCCCCAUGCGAAAGCAAGGACCAUUUGUUCAUGUUUUAUUGGUGACAAAAAGCUUAAAACAAAUUUGACCAAAAAUUAAGUUCCAUUGCGUUGGCGCAGGUGUGCCUGGAUAAGGGUCGGGUGGCCACUGCGGGAGGUUGGGGGCCGGGGCUGAGCGCCCAGCAAUGAAGCCUCCACCCACGAUG